CCGCCCCCCCGUGGCCGGCUAGCUCCACUCCCACUUCCUGAGCCUGGCGCUGGAGCCCUGGAGGCGAGGCCAGGCCAGGCCUGGCGGCUCCGGCCCCCGGGGGCGCAUCGGCCUGAGUCCUGUCCUAGUCCCUGGGCCUGGAGGCUGCUGCCACCACUGCCCGGGACGUCCAGGCCUCCCACCUUACUCCCAGGCCCCCACCCAUCUGGUCGACGGGCUGACUGGCCGCCAUGCGCCUGCCGUGGGCCGCCUCCCUCUUCAGCCUGGCCUGGGGGCCACUCAUACUAGGCCUCUGCAGUCUCCUGGCAGCAUUCCAGCCCCAACUGGUUCCCCCAUACCACACGGAUAACCAAACGUGCCGGGACCAGGAAAAGGAGUACUACGAACCCAAGCAUCAGGCCUGCUGCUCCCGCUGCCCCCCAGGCACGCGUGUCUCAGCUGAAUGCAGCCUCAGCCAGGACACAGUUUGUGCCACGUGCUCUGAAAAUUCCUACAAUGAGCACUGGAACCAUCUCACACAUUGCCAGCUCUGCCGACCCUGUGACCACAUACUGGGCUUCGAGGAGACUGCACCUUGCACUAGCAAACAGAAAACCCAGUGCCGCUGCCAGCCAGGAAUGUUCUGCACCCUUAGGGACCAUGAGUGUCUACACUGCGAGCCACUCUCUGACUGCCCACCAGGCACUGAAGCUGAGCUCAAAGGUCAGAGGUCACUAAGGGCAGAAGGUGAAGUUGGGAAGGUUAAUAGCAACUGUGUGCCCUGCAAGGCAGGACACUUUCAAAACACUUCCUCCCCCAGUGCCCGAUGCCAGCCCCAUACCAGGUGUGAGGACCAGGGCCUGGUAGAGGCAAAGCCAGGCACCACCGAGUCCGACACCACCUGCAGAAGUCCACCAGAGCCCCCUGAGAUGGCAGGAACUAUGCUGGUGCUGGCCAUCAUGUUGCCACUGGUCUCCCUGCUGCUCCUCAUCACCGUCCUCGCCUGCACUUGGAAGAGCCACCCCUCUCUCUGCAGAAAGCUGGGAUCCCUGCUCAAGAGGCGUCCAGAGAGAGAGGAAUCAAAUACUGCUGAUGGAAGCUGGGAGCCUCCAAGCAUCAACCCACAUUUUCCUGACCUGGUAAAGCCACUUCUGCCCAUCCCUGGAGACCUGACCGCUGCCUCAGCCUGGCCCCCAACGACCUCAGUUUUGGAGGAAGAGAUGCUACAACAGCAGAGUCCUCUGAGCCAGGCCAGGGAGCUGGAGGCUGAGCUCCCAGAGCAAGGCCAGGUGGCCCAUGGUACCAAUGGCAUUCAUGUCACCGGCGGGUCUGUGACUGUCACUGGCAACAUCUAUAUCUACAAUGGGCCAGUACUGGGGGGAGCACGGGGCCCUGGAGACCCCCCAGUGCCCCCAGAGCCUCCGUACCCCAUUCCUGAAGAGGGUGCCCCUGGUCCUCCUGGGCUCUCUACACCCUACCAGGAAGAUGGCAAAGCUUGGCACCUGGCUGAGACAGAGACACUGGGCUGCCAUGCCCUCUAACAGGGCCAAGGACCCAAUUUGUCACCCAAGCCUAAUGGAGUCUGGGAAAAUCAGAAAGGAGGCACAAGCGCACCUUCUCCCCGAGGCUGCCCUACCCACACAGGAUUGACAGAGGGCCUGGGUAGGGCCCGGAGAGGCUCUGAGCAGCCAGGCCUCAGACACGUCUCCGAGAGCAGGGCCAGGCACUGGCUGGGUACAGUGCCCACCGCAGGACUCUCACCACUGCCUGAGCAGGCCUGAGACUUCAUUGCAGACCCCUUUGCCCGCUGGGGCUGCACCAACUCAGCUUCAGGCACAGACAGAACAUACGAUGUCUGUUGCUGCCCACCAUUGCACUCUACACCCAAAGCAUGGCACAGAAAGGAACCAGCCACAUGGGCACAUCACUGGGACCUCUAACGGAUUCGUGGUGCUCAUCCCAAAGCUUCAGGGACCCUCUGAGGACCAACACUUCACGUGGACUGAGGGAGACUCUAUAUGAAGAUAGAGUUACAUGGAAGACCACCCCUGCCCUCCCCUCCUAGAGAGGAAAGGGAGUCAUUAAAAACUGGGGGUUUGGGUAGUUACUAGGUAUAAAGGAGAGUUUCAGAGGUGGGGGAAAUGGCAAGUGUAUUUAUAAAUCGUAACCAUAUACAAAUAAAGUGGAAAUUGAGAACUA